AUGUCCGAGUCUCUCACCACCAAGCAAGUCGCCGAGCACAACACCGUUGAGAAGGGACUGUACAUAAUAGUCGAUGGCGAUGUAUACAAGAUGGAUUCGUUUGUCGACGAGCACCCAGGUGGCGCCAAGAUUCUGAAGAGGGUGGGUGGAAAGGAUGCUAGCAAGCAGUUCUGGAAGUACCACAACGAGAGCGUAUUGAAGAAAUACGCACCCAAACUCAAGAUUGGCACAGUCAAGGAGGAGUCCAAAUUAUAAAUACUACAUAACGUUAUAUCAACGCAGAUUACUU